AGACUACAGACGAGCUGGCACCGGGAGAGUGUGGAGAUGAACUUUGAAAAUUUACUACUUGUGACCGUCUCAUUCAUCACCAUCGCUGCAGGGUCACGGGCACGGUUUGAGGACAGCACACCUCGGAUAGUGGAGGACCCCUCAGAUUUGGUCGUCUCCAAGGGGGAGCCUGCCACCCUCAACUGCAAGGCAGAGGGCCGACCCACUCCCAAUAUUGAGUGGUAUAAAGACGGUGAGCGCGUGGAGACCGACAAAGAUGACCCCCGCUCUCACCGCAUGCUCCUGCCCAGUGGCUCCCUCUUCUUCCUGCGCAUCGUACAUGGACGACGGAGCAAACCAGAUGAAGGCGUCUACACCUGUGUGGCCCGCAACUACCUGGGAGAGGCCAUUAGCCGUAACGCUUCACUGGAAGUUGCCAUCCUGCGAGAUGAUUUCCGGCAGGCCCCGAGCGAUGUGGUGGUGGCUGCUGGCGAGCCUGCUGUGUUAGAGUGUGUGCCUCCACGUGGCCACCCUGAACCCACCGUGUCCUGGAAACGCAACAAUGUCCGAGUCAGCACCAAGGAUGAACGCAUCUCUAUGCGUGGGGGCAAAUUGAUGAUCUCUCACACCAGAAAGAGCGACGCUGGCAUGUAUGUUUGUGUGGGCACAAAUAUGGUUGGAGAGAGGGACAGCGAUCCUGCAGAGCUGGUGGUGUACGAGCGUCCGGUGUUGGUACGAAGGCCGGUGAACCAGGUGGUCAUGGAGGAAGAGACAGUUGACUUCCUGUGUGAGGUCCAUGGAGAUCCUGCUCCCACUGUGCGCUGGCGCCGAGAGGAAGGAGAGCUUCCCCGCGGGAGGUUUGAAAUCCGUAACGGCAACAGUCUCCGCUUGUUCCGUGUGAAAGAGCAGGAUGAAGGGACAUACACCUGCACAUCUGAGAACAGUGUGGGCAAGACAGAGGCCUCAGCCAUGUUGCAGGUCCAUGUUGGCCCGUUCCUACCACCUCAGAUUGCCUCAAAGCCCCGAGACCAGAUUACCACUCAGGGAAGGAGCAUCACCUUCCGGUGCGGCACCACAGGAAACCCUCCACCUGCCAUCUUCUGGCAGAAAGAGGGCAGCCAGAUGUUGCUGUUCCCUGGCCAGCCGCCGUCACAGUCUGGUCGUUACUCUGUCUCCAUGAGCGGAGAGCUGACCAUCACUGACGUCCACCCUGAGGACUCUGGGUUCUACGUCUGCCAGGCCAUCAGUGUAGCAGGAAGUGUGUUGACCAAGGCGCUGCUGGAGGUGGAGGGAGGCCCUUCGGGCCGUGUACCACCGAUCAUUCGCCAAGGCCCAGCAAAUCAGACCGUAUCUCUGGGUGCGACGGCGCAGCUGCACUGCCGUGUAAUUGGAGGGCCCUCAGUCAAGAUUUCAUGGGAGAAGGAUGGAGAGAGACUUCAGGGAAAUAAACCUUGGCUGACCUUGAUGGAGAAUGGCACUUUGCAAAUCACAGACAUAAAGGACACGGACUCAGGGACGUACAUGUGCGUGGCAUCCAGCACCACAGGGGAGACGAGCUGGAGUGGGAUGUUGACUGUCAGAGAAGAUGGAGUUUCUCCAGUAUCCAGAGUUUCUGAGUUCAUCCAGCUUCCAGGGCCUCCGCAGAAGCCUGUAGUGACGGAGGUGACCAAAAAUACCGUCACCCUCACCUGGCAGUCCAACCCCCAUGAGGGCGGGGCCGCCGUCACCUCCUACAUUAUCGAAGCUUUCAGCCAAUCAGUGGGCAGCACCUGGCAAACGGUGGCAGACCACGUGAAGCAGGAGAGGCACACUGUUGUCGGACUCUUCCCCAACACUGUUUAUCUCUUUAUUGUCCGAGCAGUCAACUCUUAUGGCCUCAGUGACCCCAGCCCAAUCUCUGAGCCUGUCAGGACGCAAGAUGGGAAUCCUACAGAACAGGGUGUGGACCACAGACAGGUGCAGAGAGAGUUAGGAGAGGUGUCUGUCUACCUGCAGAAGCCUGUGGUCCUCUCUCCUACCAGCGCCGGGGUUUCUUGGACUGUCACCCGUCAGUCUCGGUAUGUUCAGGGCUACCGCAUAUUUUACCGGACUGUCGGUGACUCCUGGUUGGUCCAGGAUGUGGAGGCCACGUCUGACCACAGUACCAUCUUAGCAGAUCUGCACAGCAGUACAGAGUAUGAGGUCAAGAUACGCCCUUACUUCAAUGAGCUACAGGGACACGACAGCCUCAUGGUUCUGCUGCGUACGCCCGAGGAGGUUUUAAGUGCUGCUCCACAGGCUGUAUCAGUGGUGCAGCUCACCAACAGCUCCUGUAUCAGUGUGUCAUGGGAGCCUCCGCCUCACAAUAUUCAGAGUGGCUUCAUUCGAGAGUACAAGGUCUGGUGUCUGGGCAGCGGCGUGGAUCAGGAGAACCAGAUAAACCGAACAGUGGAUGGAGCGGUUCUGUCCAUCCUGUUGACGGGCCUGCUGCCUGGCGUCCACUACUCCGUCGUGGUGGCUGCUGUCACCAGCCUGGGUGUGGGCGCUCAAAGCCCGCCUGUCAGCCUGCUCCUCACUCUUCCGCUGGACAAGACUUCAACGCCUGUGAAGAAAGGUGGUAAUCUCAGCCUAUCAGAGCAGAUCGCCAGCGUCGUCCGCCAGCCGGCCUUCAUCGCAGGGUUGGGCGUUGCUGCGUGGUUGGUGCUGAUGGGCUUCAGUGGUUGGCUGUACUGCCGCCACCGCAGGAGGAAGCAGCUGGGACACUACACCACAUCCUUUGCGUACACACCGGCAGUUGGCUUUGCUCACAGCGAAGGAUCUGGAAUCAUAAACGGCGGGCCUGGCUUGUUGGGAUCAAAUAUGGGUAACUACCCUUGGCUGGCCGACUCUUGGCCAACUCCGAACGUCACUCACAACAGCAAAGACUCAGUCAACUGCUGCUCUGGCAAACUGGACUCAGACAGAUAUUAUAACACAGUUGGUAUCAUCAACUAUCCGAACCAGUCAGAGAAACACAGCACGGCAUCCAACGACAGUCCCAUCUACAGCACCAUCAACACAGCUGCUGAGGACGACCUGCUGGCGUACUACGACACCUACUCUAGCACGUCGUACAACCAUGGUCCAGACCCGUACAGCAGCCACCCAGUACUGUCAAACAGUGGACUCGUGGGUCUGGAGCAGGACCUGGACCAGUGGACCAUCCAGUCUGGUCAGUCUGGGUCUGAAUAUGCCAAGCUCCAGUAUACCAAGAAAAACAACGACAAACUGGUGAAGCAAAAGUCCACUGGGUCCUCAUCCAAGUCGGCUCCUCUUACCUGGGUAGAUGUUUUGUCGCUUCCUCUGCCUGCCAAUAAAGACAAGGGUCAUACAAAGACAGACAAAGAUGAGGAGCAACGCAGCUCUGAGGAGGAAGAUGACGACUGGUGUCCCCCGCUGCCUGCUAGAACGUACCUGAUGGACACUUCCAGGGAGGAACUUUCAAGCCUGCCCUCCAAACCAGAGGAUCUGUCCUACGCAGCAACAUUGAUGGCUUCCCCCCAGCAAGACACACACGAGCCCGGCAACAGUCUGCGGCUACAGCACUUUGACCUCUUGGCCCGUCACCACUCGGGCACCCAUGUCUCCCAGUCCAACCCUGAUCUGUUUACCAACAGCAAGGCCCGGGAUGCCAGUGAGGUGUACAACACCAGCCAAUGGGCAGACAAUUUCAAGGGAGAAAGUCUCGGCAAAGGACAAUCUCGUGCUCCAGCUGCCGAGUCGAGCCCCGCAGCCCAGGCACACAGAUCCAGGAGUAAGAAGAAAACGCCCAAGGAAGGACAACUCAAGCGAGAGCUAAACAGCCAAGCAGAACCCCCCCUUCCACCAGCCCCUCCCUCUGCAGACGACUCCCUGCAGCUCCUGGCGGAUGUUUUGAGCCGCAGCCGCACGGACGGUGAAAGAAAAGAGGGCAGCGACUCGCCCACUCAUCAGAGGAGGGGAGAACAUUUCUCACCCCAAAAGAGAGGACCUACAAAGUGGUUAUCACAGGAUGAGAAUGUAAUCCCAUAUGGACAGUCCAGCUUCCUGCCCAAGGUCCAGAUGUCGGGCAACGGGUCCCUGGGUGGAGGAGUUUUUCCGCGACCCUCCACUGCUGGCCGCAGGAGAGAUGAGAAUCUCACGUAGACAGACGCUGAUCUCCUUUUUCCUCUCUGAUUUCCUGUCUUUGCAAACCAUCAAUCCAUUGCCGUGGUAUCUUACGAAAAACUGAAGACAAAAAGGAAAACGUCAAGGCUUGCCAUCUGCCUUUUCACAAACUAUUUGUAUUCUUUUUUAUUUUAUUUGAAUUAUUUAAUCUUUAUUUUUUGUGAUUCCCUUCACCCAUCCUUUGUGUAUAUAGACAUAUUUGCAAUUUUUUAAAAGAUGUGAUCAGAUUUAUUACUAAAAAUGGAUUCGGGGGAAAAAGUAUUGUAUUUUUAGGCAAUGGGAAGUAAAUGUAACUAUUACAUUAUUGUACAGCAGAUUAUUGAAUGUAUCUUUAUCUGUUUACUCCUGACCAUGAAACCACGAUGGUGUGUGUGUGUUUGAUGAAAGACUGGAAAAGAUAUGAGGCAGAAAAUUUGUUAAUAACCCAUCAUGUUGGUGUGGGUGUGUUUGAGUGUGUGUGUCGGUGCAUGUGUGUAGUGUUUACUGUGUGUGUUACCGUAUUUAUCUCUCAUCUCAGUGUGACUGUGUACUGUGGUAUCCCUGUAGAUCACCAGUGUGUUGUCAAGCUUUUUA